UAGAUACGUCUUCUAGUUUGUAACUUUUUUCAUCAUCUCAUCCCAAAAUUGAUUACACCGAUUUUGUUUUUUUGUUUUUUUUUAUAUGAUAAUAUGGCGAUGUCUAUGAUGAUCAAGCGUGCCGCCGCCGCCGCAACUCGUGCCAUUUCUUCUAGUAAUUCUACCCGUUUGAUUGUCACCAGAGACCUUCAUGCUUCUCCUGGGCCAAAGAAGAUUGUUGGUGUUUUCUACAAGGCACAUGAAUAUGCUGAAAUGAACCCCAAUUUUGUCGGUUGUGUAGAAAAUGCGUUGGGCAUUCGAAAAUGGUUAGAAUCACAAGGCCAUGAGUACAUUGUCACUGAUGACAAAGAGGGACCAGAUUGCGAGCUAGAAAGGCAUAUUCCUGAUGCACAUGUAAUUAUAACAACCCCUUUUCAUCCUGGCUAUAUUACCGCUGAAAGAAUUAAAAAAGCAAAGAACCUGCAACUGUUGCUUACAGCUGGGAUUGGAUCUGAUCAUGUUGAUCUCAAUGCGGCUGCUGCUGCUGGAUUAACCGUUGCAGAAGUUACUGGAAGCAAUGUUGUUUCAGUUGCAGAAGAUGAACUUAUGCGAAUCCUCAUUCUUGUUCGUAAUUUCUUGCCUGGAUACCAUCAGGUUAUUAACGGGGACUGGAAUGUUGCGGGCAUUGCUUACAGAGCUUAUGAUCUUGAAGGGAAAACUGUAGGAACAGUUGGUUGUGGACGAAUCGGUAGACUUUUACUUCAGAGAUUGAAGCCUUUUGGCUGCAAUCUUCUUUAUCAUGAUCGUAUCAAGAUGGAUUCAGAAUUGGAGAAUCAAAUUGGUGCCCACUAUGAGGAGGAUCUUGAUAAGAUGCUUCCCAAAUGUGACAUCAUUGUCAUCAAUACACCUUUAACAGAUAAAACCAGAGGAAUGUUUGACAAAGAAAAGAUUGGUAAAAUGAAAAAGGGGGUUCUCAUUGUUAACAAUGCUCGAGGAGCUAUAAUGGAUACACAAGCUGUUGUUGAUGGCUGCUCCAGUGGACACAUUGGAGGCUAUAGUGGAGAUGUUUGGUAUCCUCAACCAGCACCAAAGGAUCAUCCAUGGAGGUAUAUGCCAAAUCAAGCCAUGACCCCUCACAUUUCUGGCACCACCAUCGAUGCGCAGUUGCGAUAUGCAGCUGGAGUGAAGGAAAUGCUGGAGAAUUAUUUCAAGGGAGAAGACUUCCAACCUCAGCAUUACAUUGUGAAGGAAGGUGAACUAGCAAGCCAGUACCGGUAAUCUGUGGUAGCUUUGCCAACAGCUGGACUUUCAGUCUUUUUUACUGCUGUGUGAGUGUUCAUGAAUAAGUUGUGUCGAGCUAUGGUAAAAGAAGCUGCAGUUUUAUCACCUUGUAAUAUUAAGGUGUAUUAGUUAUGAUGAACUGAAUGGCAAUGAAUUUUUCAAUA